AUGUUUUCCCUUACUGCAAGACGUAUUUAUGUCGUGUCUAAACGGUAUUUUUAUCGCAAUUUGAACACAUUAGUACCAAGAGUCAGGUUUGCUCCCAGUCCAACAGGAUAUCUUCACUUAGGAGGCUUAAGAACUGCGUUGUAUAAUUAUUUAUUUGCUAAAUCGCGAGGCGGUGUUUUUAUUCUACGCAUAGAAGACACAGAUCAAACUAGGAAAGUGGAGGGAGCCGUUGAUGCCUUAAUAAGUGAUUUAGAGUGGGCAGGAAUUGAAUGUCACGAAGGUCCUACCAGAGGUGGAACUUGUGGGCCAUAUAUACAGAGUGAAAGAUUGGAUAUUUACCAGGAGCAUAUAAAGAAGCUUCUAGCAAAUGGCUCAGCAUAUAAAUGUUUCUGUACUGAGAGAAGACUGAACAUUCUCCGACGGGAUGCUGUUAAAAGUCAGAGGAUACCAAAGUAUGACAACAAAUGUCGUAAUCUAUCACAUCAGGAUAUAAAAGACAAGACCAAAGCAGGGAUUCCAUAUUGUAUUAGAUUUAAGCUGUCGUCAGAUAUACAAUCGUAUGAAGACCUUAUAUUUGGAGGUAUAGCAUAUGAUGUAUCUUUAAACGAGGGUGACCCAGUGCUUAUGAAGUCCGAUGGCUACCCGACGUACCACUUUGCUAAUGUUGUGGAUGACCAUCUGAUGGGAGUGUCGCAUGUACUGAGAGGAGUUGAGUGGCAGAUCUCAACAACUAAACAUCUAUUGAUAUAUAAGGCCUUCGGUUGGACACCUCCUGAGUUUGGUCACUUGCCAUUGAUAGUGAAUUCUGACGGAACUAAACUCAGUAAGAGACAAAAUGAUGUCAAAGUUGAAGAUUACAGGAACAAGGGUAUAUACCCAUUGGCAUUAGUUAAUUACAUAACACUAUCUGGGGGCGGAUUUAACCACGUGGUGGGGGAGGGAGUCAGGCUCAAGACUAUUAAAGAACUGUCUGAUGAGUUUCAAAUCGAGAAGGUCGCGUCCCAUCCGAGCCGCCUUAACUUGGAGAUACUAGAAGAAUGUAACCGCUUGGAAAUAAAGAGACGAUUAAAAGACGACAAACUAGCUACCGAAAUGAUUAACAGUCUGAGAGAUAUUAUAAUGGAAAAAUAUCCAAAUGAGAAGCUUAAUGUCUCUGAAGAUCACAUCAGAAGUGUUUUAAACUGGGCAACCGCGAGAAUAUCGAGGAUAGGAGAUUUAGUCGGCAAAAAAUUCGGCUUCCUCUGGAUUCUCCCCGCAUCCAAAGAUGUAGAAGUUAACAAGAAUCUUCUGGAAGGAUUGCUUGAAAGUCUACAAGGCUUGGAACGUUUCGAGCAGGACUUGAUAAAGGAAAAUUUGAGAGUUUUUUCGGAACAGAAGAAAGUUAAGUUUCCUGUUCUGAUGAAGUCGCUGAGAUCGGUCCUUAGCGGUCUGGACGAGGGCCCGUCUGUAGCGGAGAUGAUGCAGCUAUUGGGAAAAGUGCAGUCAUUGGAAAGAAUUAAAGCUGUCUUAAGAUAA